CUUUUCCCCCCAUAUUCACUUCCCCUUUUUUCACAUACCCUCCUAAAUUUAGACAGUGCCCAUGACUUAGAAUUGGUCAAAAAUCUCUCCCCCAUCUCUCUUGUCUCUCUGUCUUAUAUCUGCUUGUCUCUCCCCCCCUCAUUUCUCUCCAUCCCUGCAUUCCCUUCCCACCAGGAGAAAACUAAGGAACCAAAAAACUCGAAAACCCGAUAAAGGAAACCACCAAAAAAGAUGCCCUCAGGCCACUCCUCUGCUUUCCCCUCCCCUCCCAAGCCAACACCUCAACCAUUAAAGCCUUCCGCCACCAUUUCCAGGACCGGUAACAGCACCAGCACGAACCAGGCCUGUGCCGCCUGCAAGUACCAGCGCAGGAAAUGUGCCCCUGAUUGCCUUCUGGCCCCUUAUUUCCCUCACAACCGCCACCGCCAGUUCCUCAACGCCCACAAGCUCUUUGGUGUCAGCAACAUCACCAAGAUCAUCAAGACCCUUAGCCCUCCUGAGAAAGAUGCCGCGAUGCAAACCAUCAUCUUUCAAUCCGAUGCUCGGGCCAAGGAUCCAGUCGGUGGGUGCUACAGAAUCAUAAGGGAGCUUCAGUGCCAGAUCGAAUUCACCAGGAACGAGCUUGAUCUCGUUCUUCAGCACCUGGCCGUGUACCGUGAACGUGCUCAUCAAGAAUCACGGAUGCAGGUCCAAGAACCCGAGGAUAUUUCCAGUUUCUCGGGUUCUUGCGAUCUGAAUAACUCGAUCCCGUACAAUUACCCCCUUCAUCAUGUGCAAGAACAACAGCAACAACAGCAACCGCAGCAAUAUUGUUCUUCAGGGAACUUUUCCGGGUUGCAAGAAGAUAUGUGGUGUCUACAGCUACAAGAUUCAUCGACUACGGUGAACAUGAAGCCGGGUUUCGUCGAGGAGUGCGUGGACGUGAAGCCUAUCGAAGAGGUGUCGAGCGAAAGACACGAGCAUGUCGAGUUUGAGCAAGAAGGGUUCGUGGACAGGAAGCUAAACAUGGCGUCUGCACAACUGAUGAUUUCGUCGUAGGCUUAUAUCUCCAUUCAUCUUUCAUCUCUCAGCUUCUCACUGCCAAAAAAAAAAAACAUUUUUUCUCGUUCCUGUCCUUUUCUCCGAUUGCAGAAUCUCUUUUGUAGGCUCAACGAAAAUUUAUUGUCCCUCCGUCGGUUCUGAAUAGAUUUUAAUUUGGUUAUUAACAUUCCAAAUGCUUCGCUUGUGGCCAUUUUCUCAUGUAAUGAUCUGAAGCAUUCUUCAAUGGAACAGAGUUCUUAUGGUA